AGGGCGACCGGGGCUUCUGCAACCUAAACACCCGGGGAGAAAGGAAGGUGGCAGACGGACAGCGGUGCGCAUGCGCGGACUAUCUCUCCGGUGAAGGGUUGAGAACCGGACCGGGGUGGCCAGCUGGGCUCAGAGCGGAGCAGGGUCAGGAUGGACGAGGACGUGCUGACCACCCUGAAGAUCCUUAUCAUCGGCGAGAGUGGCGUGGGCAAGUCCAGUUUAUUUCAGACCGCUGGAGUGUGAUGAGCAUGUGAGGCAGCAGCCAGGAGGUCAGGAUUAUGAAACCGGUGCUGCCACUUGUGUGUGAUACUUGACCACUCUAGGUCUUCACUUCUUCGUUUGAAAAAUGAGCCUGCUCUUGAGGUUCACAGAUGACACUUUUGAUCCAGAACUUGCAGCAACGAUAGGUGUUGACUUUAAGGUGAAAACAAUUUCAGUGGAUGGAAAUAAGGCUAAACUUGCAAUUUGGGAUACUGCUGGUCAAGAGAGGUUCAGAACAUUAACUCCCAGCUACUAUAGAGGUGCACAGGGUGUUAUAUUAGUUUAUGAUGUCACAAGAAGAGAUACCUUUGUGAAAUUGGAUAAUUGGUUAAAUGAAUUGGAAACAUACUGCACGAGAAAUGACAUAGUAAACAUGCUAGUUGGAAAUAAAAUUGAUAAGGAAAAUCGUGAAGUCGAUAGAAACGAAGGCCUGAAAUUUGCACGAAAGCAUUCCAUGUUAUUUAUAGAGGCAAGUGCAAAAACGUGCGAUGGUGUACAGUGUGCCUUUGAGGAACUUGUUGAAAAGAUCAUUCAGACGCCUGGACUGUGGGAAAGUGAGAACCAGAAUAAAGGGGUCAAACUGACACACAGGGAAGAAGGUCCUGGAGGAGGAGCCUGUGGUGGUUACUGUUCUAUGUUAUAAACUCUGGGAAACUCCAUCUCUUGCAUAUUUGAUCAGAUAGUGACAUCUUUCUGUAUAUAAACUCUCUAACUGCUAUUUUAGGGACCUUGCAAUUUGCACAUAUUUGUUUUGUAUCAUGGCAGUAAAUAUUUGCAAGAAAUCCCACUCAUCGGCUUUCCCAGGUACAAUGUUAUGGUAAGCAUGCACAGUUUGCAGUCUACAGUUUUUUAUGUAACAUAAAAUAGGUGUACUUUUUAAAGUACAUUUGAUUUUAUGAUUUACAUUUAUCAUGUGAUUAAAAAAAAUCCACCUAUCUAGUCUAUGUUGAUACAAGGUCUACUUUUGGUUUCCUCUUUGCUUAUAUUCUCCUAUCAAUUACUGAAUUAGUUGGUAUAUAGAACUCCCAGAACCACUGGGAGAUAUUCAGGUAUCAUCAAACCUGGCAGAUUUCCUUUCAGGAAUAACACAGAGCAUGAUCCCACAGCUUUUGUAGGAUGUUUGCUGACAGAUUCUCUUUUAGUACUAAGCAAAAUUCUCUUUACAGGGCGCAGUCCAGGCCAAUUUAUAAUUAAAUCCCCGUUUGUUUUGAUGAUGCUUCUAAAAUAGCAUUGAUGUGUUAAGUUUGGACUUACUUUUAAAUUUUCUUCAAUGAGUAGCUCAGUUGCUUAACUGGCGUUUUAACUCUGUGAUAUGUAUGUCGGAUUCUGACCCUUUGUGCAGCGUUUUUAGUUAUGUGGUGUUUGGCAGAAUGGCAAUGAGGUUUUCCCCCAUUUUGGUUUUGGAAGGACGAGAAUAGUGUUUAUGUAACUCACGUAGUACUUAUCACUUUAAAAACCAACAUCUUUUUCCAUAAAUGUUGGUGGUGUUUGUCCAGGUACCUCAAUUGUAGCUUGUGUAAUGUUUAUGAACAUCUGUAUCUUAUGACUUCCUUAAAUGGCUAGUUGAUAUUCAGAAACCUAUUUCUGUGUUUUGAGGGUUGGGAAAAAUAGAACACUAAAUGACAAUAGGAGAAAGACAUAUUGCUUCCAGAUUUUGAUGUGUGUGGGAAAAUACUGUUGCAAUGAAAAUCUUGGUAAUUUACUGUAACAAGUAGCCAAUAGUUUAUCAAAACCAACUUGUACAGACUAAUAAAUCUUUUCCACAGUAUUCAGUUUUCUAACCUCUUGCUAUUAUACAUUGCAUAUUUUUUCACUCAUAUGUUAUUUAAUUUACCUUGAUAUCUGCUAUAUUAAUCCCCCAACUAAGUUAUUUGUCCUUUCAGGCAGGUUACCAUGAUAUCCCUCGGUAAGAUUUCUGAUACUAAUUUCUGGGCAGUUUGUUAUUUGUAUACAGUUGCAAAUGAUAGACUUCUUUUUGGCUCACCUUUGCAAUAACUUGUGAUAGUGGAUUUACUUCAAGUUGGGUUCUUUCUGAACUGUACGUCUUCACAUAAGAAACCUUACAUUCUACUUGGUUCACACUUGUGAGACUACAUUACGUGUGAUUAAAGGUUUUAUACAUUAUAUAUGUAUUUACUAAAUAUAAAACAUUUACUUCUUUACUGUUGGAGAAAGGUAGCUAACACAUGUACUUAUGAUUUGUUUGUGUUACAUUAAAGCUGUAGAUUUGUAUAUUUAUGUAGUGUUGUCUGUAUUGACAAGACAUUUAUUUCUGUUUAUUGCUUUUUGCUCCUUGAGCUAUAUAAUAAUGGUUUUGUGCAUUGGGUUGUGUUGAUUUGGUCAAAAUUUGAAUACAUAUGAGUCACUUACUUUUAAAAAC